AUGAAGGUCAUACUUCGCUGUCACAACGGUGUAUUUAUUGAUAGGUUAGAUCUUCCAGACGAUGCAACUGGGGAUACUCUAAGGAAGAUAUUUUACUCCAAAUAUCAUUAUUAUCCCGAGCGUCAGAAAUGGACUCUGAACUCUGCAAAUGGCACUUUGCUUGAAGAUAAGCCAUUGUCUUCAUUGGGCGUAAAGGACGAUUCGACGCUAUUUUUUAAAGACUUAGGCGUCCAAGUCUCAUGGAGGAUGGUUUUUUGUCUCGAGUACAUGGGACCCCUGUUAAUCUUUCCAUGCUUGUACUUUUUCCCAUCGAUAUUCUAUCCUACCACUUCAGUACCAAAAUCACCGACGCAAGUUACUGCUUUUUUCAUGCUGAUAUUGCAUUUUUUGAAGAGGGAAAUAGAAUCGCUCUUCAUCCAUCGCUUUUCUAGGUCCACCAUGCCUUUGACCAAUCUCAUCACAAACUGUGUUCACUACUGGCUAUUUUGUGGCGUAGGAAUUGGUUACUAUAUAUUUCACCCAUAUUACUCCCCCAAUCCCAUAACUUCCAACAAAUUCUGCCAGACAAUAAUAGUAGGACUUUUUAUAACAUUUGAAUUUUUAAAUCUAAUGACCCAUCUCACGCUAAGGGAUUUGAGGACGCCUGGCACUAAGGAGAGAAAUAUACCUAAUGGAUGGGGGUAUCAAUACGUUUCUUGUGCCCAUUAUUUAUGGGAGAUUUGCUGUUGGAUCACCUUUUCUAUGCUCGUACAAACGAUUAGUGCUUAUGCCUUUACCAUUCUUGCAGCAUUUAUCAUGUCUAAAUGGGCAUUAAAAAAGCACGAAACAUACUUUAAGCAAUUUCCUAGUUAUCCAAAAUCCAGAAAAGCCAUAUUCCCCUUCAUAUUGUGA